CGUUUCGUGGCGUCAUCGGAAUUAAGUGGGCGUCGCCGAUAUUCCCCUCAACCUAACUCACCGCCAACCCAGAGCCGCUAGCCAAUCGCCAACUGUUAUCGUCCGCCGAUCACCAUAGCAACGAAUGAAGAAUGCACGCGAUUAGUGCCACGGUUGCUAUGGCGAUCUGCCCCCUCCACACUUUUGUAUUUGACUAUCCAACGCUCUGGGUACUUCAGACUAGCUUGUAGUAUCUAAGUAAACAGGCUGCCAGAGGUAUUUGUUUUUCCAAUCAGUGUAGGUUUUGGAAUACCUAAAGUGUUAAGUUGUUUGUGAAUUUGAUCGUGAUGUAAACAAUGAAACAAAACCGACGUUUGAGAUAGAAUCAAUUGAUAGAGCGGAAUCGUUGACAAAUACGACGAGUGGAAACUAUUAGUGCAAUAAUACUUUAGUGCAAUAUGUUGACGCAAAAACUAUAUCCUGACGUAAAUACAAUGUCUACGGGAAGUAACGCGAUGUCUCCCAUGACAACAACGUACUCCAUGAAUUCUAUGGCGAUGGCCCAGAUGAGUUGUUCCCCGCAGACUUCUAUGUUCGGAUCGGGUAUGCUGAACUCGGGAAUGACGUCCAAUAUGGCAAUGAAUCGAAUACAACCCCGAAUGGACCAGCCGAUGAGUGAGCCUCCUCAAUUAGGAUAUUCAACGAUAGGUUCGCCGAUUUCUAAUAUGAAUGCUUGCAUGGGUGCGACAAUGUCAUCUAUUAAUAACUAUAAUGCGACUAUAGGCCGGGGCGAUUUAGGUGGUGGUGAUACUUCGCCGAAUAGUGCGUUACAACGAGCUAGAGCCGAUAAAACCUACAGGAGAUCUUACACACACGCAAAACCGCCAUACUCAUACAUUUCUCUAAUCACAAUGGCGAUACAAAAUAGCCCGCAAAAGAUGCUGACGUUAUCAGAGAUCUACCAGUUUAUUAUGGAUUUAUUUCCAUUUUAUAGACAAAACCAACAGCGCUGGCAAAAUUCCAUACGGCAUUCGUUAUCGUUUAAUGAUUGUUUCAUCAAAGUUCCUAGAACGCCUGACAAGCCCGGAAAAGGAUCUUUUUGGAGUUUACACCCAGAUUCAGGUAACAUGUUUGAAAAUGGUUGUUAUUUGAGAAGGCAAAAACGAUUUAAAGACGAGAAGAAAGAAAUCCUCAGAGCGACGCACAAAAGUCCUUCUCAUAGUGUAGACAGCAGUAGCAGCUCGGGUAAGAAAACUCCUGUUCAACACGGCGAAGACAAAUCUCAUCAUUUAGACAAAGCUAACGAAAACAUUGGAUCUAUGUUAAGUUUGCAUCCUGCAAAAUUAGACGUCGAUCAAUUGAAUCUUCUAAACGCAAAUGAUCUUCAUAAUAUGCAGCAACAUCACCACCACCAAAAUAUGUCUCACGAAGAGUUAUCCGCUAUGAUAAACAGAAGUAACCAUCUAGCGUUGUCCAGCGAACACCAAGCGAUGCUGCAUCAUACUCCGAUGAACCACCACCUGAAGCAAGAGCCCACCGGAUACACUCCAUCCAAUCAUCCGUUCUCAAUAACGAGGCUACUUCCAGCAGAAAGCAAAUCGGACAUCAAGAUGCAAUACGACAUGCAGUACGCGGGAUACAACACCUUGAGCCCGCUGCCGAACGCUAUCCAUUCUCAUAGUACCAUAGGUAAUGAUUAUUAUAAUAGCCCUUCUUUAUACCAUAGUUCUUCGGGCACGACGUCUUUGUGACAGUAUCCUUUAGCUUAAGCAAAGUUUUCUCGAAUACACUAUUUGUAGUUACGUAUGGACGCGGUUCUGUUGGAUAAUUUAUAUUUUUGAGGCAAGUUUUUAACAAAUUUUUAAAUUAUUUAGAGUAAUCUCAUAUGAUUAGAAUAUUUUUAAAAGAGAAUAGCGACGGGGACAGUCUAUCUAUCAGCUUCUCUUAUCUAAAAAGAUAAAAAGCUCUAGAAUAAACGAUUAAAAACAAUUUUUUUAUAACAACUAAUUGCUGUAUUAUCAAUUUUUUAGUAAAAUAUCUCGUAGAGUUGAAUGAUAUUUAUCUGCAACGUACGAUUGAUCAAGUAUUGGAGUAGAUAUCUACGAUUUAUGUUAUAAUUAUUUUGUAAUACAUUAUACGAAUAUAUUUUUUCUUUUGCCGCUAAAAAAUCUGUCAACACAAUAAUGUUGUAUGGGCCAUUCCACGAACAUACGCCUGUUUUGGAUUACUUCUACAACGAAUAUUUUAUUUGCAAUUUACUUUCGUUCUUCUUAUUUUGCACAGUAAAAUAUUCGUUGUCGAAGUAAUUCAAAACAGGCGUAUGUUCGUGAAAUAAGGUAUAUCUGAAAGGGGUAUACGCAAAAUCUUGAUCUAAUGCUAUUUAAACGCAUUCGUUUUUUUUCGAAUCCUGUUAAAACUAGUAAGAAUUUUUGAAAAAUAUAAACGCAGAAUGAAAGAUUACAUUAUUACCGAGGGCCGAAAGUCCCUGAAAACUUCUAUAACGUUUAUUUUAAUAAAAUUACAGGGGUAAAAAAAGGAAAUUUAGUGUGAUUUUUAAUUUCAAAUAUCUCAUUCAAAAGAAACUUUUUGUUUAUCCUAAGGGACUUUCGUCUUUCGGUAAUAAUGUAAUCUUUCAUUUUGUGUUUAAAUUUUUCAAAAAUAUGUAUUAGUUUUCUCAGGAUUCGAAGAAGUGAAUACAUUUAAAUAACAUUGGACUAAUAUUUUGCGCCUAUCCCCGUAAAGUUGGUUAAAUCAAAUAUGAAAUAUUGUGAUAUGUUAGUUUUAGCAAAACUUUUUAAACAGUACACUUAGACUUAUAUAUUAUAUAUAAAAAUUUUAAUUUUUAAUUAUUGUAAUAAAGUAUUACUUUCUUUUAUAA